GAGAUCUACGUUACCGGCAUGGACGUUGUGACAAGCGAAUUAAUGAUGUUGGUGAAUUUAUAAUCAGAGUUUCAAAACAUGGCUGAUUCUGCAGGAAAUUGGUGUCUUAUCGAAAGUGAUCCUGGUGUUUUUACGGAAUUAAUUAAAGAAUUUGGCGUUAAGGGAGCUGAAGUCGAAGAAUUAUGGAGUUUGGACGACGAGCAGUUUGAGAAUUUGAAGCCAGUUCAUGGUUUGAUAUUUUUAUUUAAAUGGGUACAAGACGAUGAACCAUCAGGAAGUAUCGUACAAGAUAGUAGAUUAGAUAAGAUCUUUUUUGCAAAACAGGUUAUAAAUAAUGCUUGCGCAACACAGGCAAUACUGAGUGUACUUUUAAAUUGUAAACACUCGGAUAUAUCAUUGGGUCCUAAUUUGGAAGAAUUCAAAAACUUUUGUCAGAGUUUUGAUGCAAAUAUGCGUGGUCUUGCUUUAAGUAAUUCCGAUGUUAUCAGAGAAGUUCACAAUUCCUUUUCUAGACAAACUUUAUUCGAGUACGAUACUAAGCAAGCAUCCAAAGACGACGACGUAUUCCACUUUGUGAGCUAUGUGCCAAUCGAUGGUAGAUUAUAUGAACUUGAUGGAUUAAAGGAUGGACCUAUGGAUUUAGGACCAUGUCCGGUUGGCGAUCAGUGGGUUCAAGCAGCCAAACCUAUCAUUCAGAAAUGUAUAAAUAAGUAUAACGAGGGAGAAAUACAUUUCAAUUUGAUGGCUAUAGUAACCGACAGAAAGACUCUUUAUGAACGUCAAAAAACAAAUGUUUGUGAUCCUGCAGAAUUAGAACGUUUACAGGCAUUGAUAGAAGAAGAAAUAAGAAAAUCAAAACGAUAUCAAAUAGAAAAUAUACGAAGAAAACACAACUACCUUCCUCUUAUCAUGGAAUUACUUAAAAUACUUGCCAAAGAAGGAAAACUUAUUCCUCUUUAUCAAAGGGCAAAGGAAAAGGCGCUUGAGAAAGAAUCUAAAAAAAGCAAGACAUAAAGUAUUAUUAUAUUCCAAUAUGAGCUUGUGUAAAAAAAAAAAAUAAAAGAAAACAAAAGAAAGAAAAGAAAACAAGAAAAAAAAAAAAAAAAAGAAAAGAAGAAAUAGAAAAGAAAGAGAAAGAAUAGAUUAUGUGCGUAUAAUUGGUAUGAGACAGAUUAAUGUAUCGUCACAUUUUCUAAAAUAAAUUUCAUAUUUUUAGCUUCUACAAAACAUAUUGUCAUUACCAAAAAUGAUCAAUUGUGUAUUGUAGAUUGAUGUAUGUAUUAGGUUGUAACACAAUUAAAUUUGUUAUAAGUAUAGACGCGGCGUUAUAAUCGAAUGCAAAUGAAUAUAUUUACGCGUUACAACCCAAUAUAUGUACAUUAAAUUUAUUAUUACUUUAUGCGCAUUACUUAAUUUGAAAAAUUAGAUAAAAAAUUUAUCUUAUUUAUCAGUCAUUUAUUUGUUACUUCGUUCAUCUUUCUCCUAGUUUAUUCAUUUUCUCUUCAGUAAUAAUCUCUAUAUUUCCAUUAGUAUAUUGAAUUCUAGGUAAAUAUCUAUCCAAUUUAUGCUUUUUUAUUUCCGAUAUUUUUUUUUCAUACAAAUAUUCUAUAGCGUCUGAAAAAAAAAGUUACAAACAAUUUCAUUAAAUUAAUAUCCUAGACAGAUCUUAAUGAUGUACGCGUAAUAUAAUUACGAUUAUCAAUUACCCAAAAAACUUUUCCUUCUAUAUUUUUUCACGUCAAAUUCCUUCAUGAGAUAGACAAAUGUUUUAUUUAGAAACGACGAUGUCAUUCCAUCGAAGUACUUAACAAGAUUUCCCCAUACUAUUUCUCUACUAUCCGCUAUUCCUUUCUCAAACAUACUAUAACGAAAUAAUAUUAUUACAUACAUAAAGUACAUUUAAAUAUUUUUUUUUGUAUUAUCGCAUAGAGACCAUUUUUCAUAAUUACUUACUACUCUAUCAAUUGUAUUUUAACAUCAUUCAUAUAAAUGAUAUUUGGACAAAAUAGCUGCAUAUGCAAUUGUAGUACCCAAAAGUUUUUCAGCGUUUUAUGAUCUAUAUUUAAUUUCUUUUCUAACUCUUUCCAAACUACCUUUGGGAUAAUAGCAUUUUUCAAUUCUUGUAUAUCAUCGCAUAACGUUAAUCGAACUAAUUUUUUAAUAUAUCUUUUAAUUAAUGGUAACGUCCAAACUGGUUUCGGUACAUAAAUAUCUAUAGACGUUAAAUGAAAAGAACGUGAUAAAAUAUUUAAUUACGUUCGGGUUACUUUUGUUAACGGGGAAAAAAAAAAAAAAAAAACACACAUACUCUCCUCCUCGACGUUGCGCUUUUUUAUAAUAAACUCAUAAUGCAUCCAGAUUGAUUGCUUAGAACGAUUCAAUAUUCUAGAUAAGUCAGAAAAAACUUUAUGCUUAUUAAGAUUAUUCUUUUUCUUCUCUACAUAAGUUAUAAUCUUUUCGUCCUCUUCAGGACUAUAUCUGAAAUAUACAUUUAUUACUUUUACAAUUAUUAAUUAACAGAGUUUGUCAAUUACAAAACAUAUUUCUAUACCUUUGACAGAUACGAUUGUGAUAUAAAUUUUUGAACCGCCAAUAUACACUAUACAAAGUUCUCCAUGAUAAUCCAUUAGCUAAAAAUUGAACAAAUUUUUGUCGUUCCUCAAAACUGCGUAUGUAAUAUUUACCAUUAUGUUUUAACGACAGGAACGGUUUUACAUGAUCUUCCUUCCAAUUGUGAACCUGUAGUAAUUUGAUAAACGAUUGAACCUCCCUUUAUCGGAAAACUCUAAUAAUUAUUUGUAAUAAAAGAAACAUACUUUGCAAAACAUUUUCCAAUUUUUUUUGAUAAUUUCAUCCUCUUGCAAGGAAUAAGUACCUUUACGAAGCGGUCCAUACUUUUCAAAUAAUUUUUUUUCAUGAUCCCUUGGUCCACGACAUCCGGCAUUACUUUCAAUUUUAUGUUGAGGUAGUACUUCGUGUAUCAAUUUAACAUGUAAAUUUUCUAAUUUCUAACGAAAGUGAACAAUUCUAAAUGUUAUUUUUAAAAAGGCACUAUUGAUAAUACUAACCUCCUUAUCAUCGUCCGAUAUUUCUUCACUUUCUCCUAUAUCCCGUAACUCUUUCAUAAUAUUUUUUUCUUCCUCGAUUAAGACACCAUUAAUUCUUUUGUUUCGUUUAGCUUUCAUAGGAGAGGUCAUUUUACAUGUAGGUUUAAUGAUUCUUUCAGAUAUCUCACAUUUAUCAUCUUUUGAUUCGAUUAAAUCGAUUUCUUCAUUUUCAUUUUUAAUAGUAAUAGAAUCUAAUAUUUCUGCUUUUAUUAUCAUAUCAUUUUCCAUUAAUAUUUCAGGACUUUUGGAUGAAUUUAUUGAAUUAAAAUCAUUCAAAAAAGAUGUAUCAAAUGCAUGUAAGCUGGUAAUGUUAUUACAUUCUAACCUUACUAUCGAGCCAUUAACACUUCUGUCGUGAAUACUAGUCUUUCUUUUUUUCGCCUUUGGAUAUUCAAAUUCAUUUUCAUUAUUUCUAGUUAAUCUCGCUGGAGACAUUAUAGUAAUGCUUUUUUUAAUUGAAUUAGAAAGUUAAAAUUAAACAGUUGCAAUUUACUUCAACACCCCUACUCUCACUUUUAUCUUUCAAUGAAAUAUAUGAGACAUUCAUAUAUAUUGUUUAAUCAAACGAUAUCGAGCACAAGAAGAUAUAAUGAACUAUUAUUUAAAUAUUAACUUUGUUUAUUGCGUUAUUCCAUUAAAGACGAAAUUAUCAAUUUAAAUCAUUUGCAUAAAUAUGAAGCGCUAUAAAAACAUUAAGUCUAUACAAGGUCGACAUAAGCGCCACACUCUGACGAUAAUUGAAAGUUUCAGGCGCGAAAUUCAAACAAUAUUAUAUUUAAUCAUUGACGAAGUAAAUUUAUAACACAGCCAGCUAUGAAUAUAAAACAUAUUUAAAGUGUGACACGCGCGCGCAUUGGCUCGUAGGGACAAGCCGUCUCACAGCUAACGGAUCUACUUUCUUUCACGUAGUUCUUUGCCAAGAAAGUACACGUGCUUGACAUAAUGCAGAAG